AUGCCGGCCCUGAGUGCAGGUGAGGAUGCCACCCUCGCCGAAAGGACCAAGGAGUCUCUCCAGGUGGACCUCUUGGCCGCUGACCUCAAGUGCAGCUUCUUUGCCUCGGCUCUGCAGAGCUACAAGCGGGAUUCUGCCCUUCGGCCCUUCCCCAGCGUUUAUGCCACUGAGGAGGCCAAGGACUUUGAGGCUCUACUCACAGACACCAAUGCAUUAGUGAGCUUGAAAGAGCUCCUGGCAUCUCCCCAGAACUCACCUCAAAGGACCUGGGAGCUGUUGGGCUGGAUCCUGUCUUCCAAGGCCUUGACUAUACACAGCGCCAACAAGAAUGAGUAUAAUAAGAUCCAGGAGCUGACCGGAGUUCCCAGUGUUGCGGUCCCUCCGCCGGAUUUCCUGUUUGAAAUCACCUACUGCAGUCAGAUGGACGCCAAGUUCGAGGAAACCCGGGGAGGCAGAGACCUCAUCUACGCCUUCCACGGGAGCCGCCUGGAAAACUUCCAUUCCAUCGUGCACAACGGUUUGCAGUGCCACUUAAACAAGACCUCCUUGUUUGGGGAAGGCACCUACCUGACAAGUGACCUGGGCCUUGCUCUCCUCUACAGCCCCCAUGGACUCGGCUGGCAGCACAGCGUCAUGGGCCCGGUCCUGAGCUGCGUGGCUGUGUGUGAGAUCAUCGAUCACCCUGAUGUCAAAUGCCAGGUUCAGAAGAAAGAUUCUAAAGAAAUAGACAAGAAGAGAGCCAGAGUGAGGAACAGCGAAGGGGGGGACGUCCCCCAAAAGUACUUUGUGGUUACGAACAACCAGCUCAUACGGGUGAAAUACUUGCUGGUGUAUUCACAGAAACAGCACCGGAGGCCUGCCGGUCAAUCGUGGGUUUCGAAACACUGCUUUGGCAUCGCAAUGACUUUCUAUCUGCUCCUGUUGGUCGCCAUCGGAGCCUGCAACUCCCCAACUUUUGCCUACUACUGGAACAAGCUUUUCGACGUAGAACAAUGA